AUGGCCCGGCAGCGUCCCACGCGCCCUGCGGAAGGCCCGGCCGAGAGCACGAGUCACGAGCAAAGCGUCGAAAAUGAUCCUGUCAGACUGACUGAAGGACCAGUGGAGCCUAUGUCUGCCGUUGAACGGAGACAGGACGUUUAUGAAAGCGCCGCGGGAUCGACGCUGGACAGCUGUCGUGUGCUUCAACAUAUGAAAACGGAUGCUGCUGCCCUGGCCCGGGAAUCAGCACAAGCGGCGACUCCGAAUGUAGAUGCGCCUGCACGGUUGCCUGUUGGGACUGAAGAAGACCGAAACAGCAUGGCUGUAUUUUCCGCCAACGACAUUGGAGGGGAAGCUUCUACCCUCCAGAACCAGUACCCUCCUACAAAGGCUGCUUCUGCUUCUCCUUCUGCUUGUGGCUCUGGACAUUUGAAGACGGCGUCAUUACCAUCAUCGUCAUCAUCUCUACGGAAAUCCCGCUUCAACACGUUAUCCGACGAAGUCACCUCUGCGCUUUCCGUCGUCUACCGCGAACUCGAAGAGGUUCCUUUAUUGCGUAAAACUGUGGCAGAUCUCGAGCAGAAGAUGGCUGGUCUUCGCCAGGAGCUGAGCAUCUACCAGAAACGAGAUUUCUCUGAGCAGGAGGAUGGGAGGCGGUAA